AUGGUUGAUCCUAAAUCCUCCAGGCGAAGUUCUAGUCCUAGACAAAUUCGCAAAUCAAAGCGAAACGCAAAGGUACUGACAAUGAAAGCCACAUUCACACAGCAAGUGCAAGGUCAGGCCUGGUACGAGGCCGAGGUCUGCUUCAAGCAGACGAUCGAGUCGUGGCAGGAAGGCGUGGCCACACACCUCCUUAUAAAAGUCACAUUCGCCUGGGACAAGUCAGUACAACACUCAGCAGUCAAGAUGAAGUUCGUUCUUGCUCUCCUCGCCCUCGUGGCCGUGGCCGCCGCCCGCCCCGGCAGCGUCGUGGACCUGGACUUCGAUGACUUCCACAUUGACCAGGAUAUCACCAACCGGGUGGUGCAGGGAACCUACAGCUGGACGUCCCCCAAGGGAGACAAGUUCUUCGUCAAGUACAUCGCCGACAAUAACGGAUACCGCGUCGUCGAGUCCAACGCCGUGCCCGUCACCAACGGCGUCGCCGCCGACGGCAACCAGGGAUCCUUCGACUCCUUCGAGGAUAUCUUUGACUCCUUCGAGGAUCGUUCCGACUCCUUCGAGGAUCGUUUCGGCAGGAAGUGAGCCCAUCCGGAGCCAACCGACCCACCAACAGGCGCCCACACCGGACCCUUCACGCGUCCCUCGAGCGUCCCUCCGAAAUCGCUCUGGCUCGCGGGUCGCUGUGUGGAACCUGGCGGGAGAAAGCCUGGA